AUGGAUUUGAUAAUAAAUGAGAUAAAGAACAUGAGAAAUGGUGAUAAUUUAUCCGCUAAAUUAACUGGCGGAAUUUAUAAUAUACCUGAUUUAAAAUAUGAAAUACCAUUGACUGAAAUAAAUGUUACUCAAAAUAAUCACGUGAGAAGUUUAAUUGAAAUGGUGCAUAAAGACGCGGGAAGUUCUAUAUGGCAUGAUUUAAGACCUGAAUUUUAUAAAAAGCCGAUAAACAUGGUUUUAUUUAUUAGUGAUGAAAAAGACAUACUAGCUGCAGAUACCGUAACUCAAUUUGUUUUAAUUAAUUUCAUGAUGUCUUAUGUAUUCAUUGGUAAAAAAUAUAAAUGGGUUAACUCAACUGGAGGAAAUGAAGCCUUAACAAAAUGGGUUCCCGGAGAAACCGGAUUUGAUAAAACAAUGAUAGAAAGGGAUUUAUCCAAUUAUUUUGCUUUAUAUCAUAAAAACCCUUCAGAAUUACCAACAAGAGGAGCUAAAAUUUAUCUUUGGGGUUAUGCAUCAGAGCCAAUCAAUUUAAAGCUUUUGGAACAUGAAAAAGAUUAUGAUAGUGUUUCGCCUGGUCAUUAUAUGCUGGGCUCAAUGCCAUUAAAAGAAGACCCCGACCCAUACGCAACAUGA